GAAGUAAAGUCGGAGCUGACACCGGAGGAAGAGAAGCUAUGCAUCAGAGACAUUUCUAUUGCGGCGGAAGCUCGGACCAAAGAAGGCGAUACAUUCUAUUUAAUCACUCAGAGGUGGUGGCAUGAAUGGCUUGAGUAUGUCAAUCAAAACCAGACUAGUGCUGUAAAUGAAGGAUCUGCUUCAGAGCAUUGUGUAUUAAAAAAGCCUUCUAGUAUUGAUAAUUCUGAUAUUAUUUAUGAAGCAACAUCAGAAAGAUCUGAAAUUGGAAUUGAGCUUCGAGAUACUUUGGUAGAAGGCACUGAUUAUAUAUUGCUUCCUCAGGAAGUGUGGGAUCAAUUAUACAAAUGGUAUGGAGGUGGGCCUAUAUUGGCUCGAAAAGUGAUAAGCUCUGGGCUUUCACAAACGGAAUUGGCUGUAGAAGUUUAUCCUCUAUGUCUCCAAUUACAUCUGAUGCCAAAUGAUGAGUGCUCUACCAUAAGAAUAAGUAAAAAAGAGACUAUUGGAGAACUUCACAAAAAAGCUUCCAAGAUCUUUAAUCUUGAUCCAGAGCAAGUGUGCAUAUGGGAUUACUUUAGCCAUCAAAAGCAUGCUUUGAUGAAUGACAUGGAAAAGACACUUGAUGAUGCAAAUAUUCAAAUGGAUCAGGAUAUUUUGGUGGAAAUUGUAAGUAAUAAUGCUGGGAGUGGAGCGACUUUCAUUCAUGGUAAUGGAUCUGCACCUAAUGGAACAAUAAUGCAUCAUGUGGAGCCAUCUAAGCUGAAUUUCUCAAUUGCCGGAGGCCUCUCUGCAAGCAAAGGUUCAUCUAGAAACGGUAAUGCUGAGAUGUCACAGUUGCAGAGUUUGUCUUCACCGGUUAGAGAGACAGAGAAGCCAUAUGGAACAAGUGGUGUUAGUACAAGGGGAUCUGCUUGUGGCCUUACUGGGUUGUUGAAUCUUGGAAACACAUGCUUUAUGAACAGUGCAAUACAGUGUCUUGUUCAUACACCAGAAUUUGCUCGCUACUUUCGAGAAGAUUAUUAUCAGGAGAUCAACAAGCAGAAUCCUUUGGGGAUGGUGGGUGAGCUGGCUUUAGCAUUUGGUGAUUUGCUAAGGAAAUUGUGGGCCCCAGGCCGCACGCCAGUAGCCCCACGUCCAUUUAAGACAAAGCUCGCUCGUUUUGCACCGCAAUUUAGUGGUUAUAACCAGCAUGAUUCUCAGGAACUUCUUGCAUUUCUACUAGAUGGGCUUCAUGAGGACUUGAAUCGUGUCAAACACAAACCUUAUAUAAAAUCAAAAGACGCAGAUGGUCGGCCUGAUGAAGAAGUUGCCGAUGAGUACUGGGCUAACCACAUUGCUCGCAACGAUUCUAUUAUUGUGGAUGUAUGCCAAGGCCAGUACAAGUCAACUCUAGUUUGUCCUAUAUGUAAUAAAGUCUCGGUUACAUUUGAUCCGUUCAUGUACCUGUCCUUGCCACUCCAAUCUGCCACAACCCGAAGUAUGACAGUGACAAUUUUCACCUGUGAUGGAAGUGCACUGCCCACAGCUUGCACUGUCACGGUUCCAAAGCAGGGACGUUGCAGGGACUUGAUCCAGUCACUUUGCAAUGCUUCUUCUCUAAAGCCUAAUGAGAAGUUCUUACUUGCAGAGAUACGAGGCCACCUGAUUCUUCGGUUCCUGGAAGAGCCCCUUAUAGCUUUAGCUUCUAUAAAAGAUGAUGAUCACCUUGCUGCCUAUAAGAUCCCUAAAGUGGUGAAAAGCUCAAAAUUUCUCCAAUUAAUCCAUCGGCGUGAGGAGCGUGAAGUUGGGCUGCCUCAGAGCAGCGUGGGGUGGAAGCCUUAUGGAACCCCUCUUGUUUCUCCAAUCUCAUGUGAUGAUGUUAUCACUAGAGGUGAUAUACAGUCAAUAGUUCACAAAAUGCUCUCUCCCAUGUUAAGAAGGGAAAAUACAUACAAUUUCUCCACUGCAAAGACAUCAAUGGCCAGUGAAACCUGUAAAGAUGAUUCUUCCAGUGUGGUGGUUGAUGUGGUGAAUGAGAAACUACCGUUGCAGCUGGUUGAUGAAAACAAUGCAUGCAUUGACCUAACUGUAGGGGAAGACAAGGCAGUAAAGGUCUCCUCUUCAUCAAAGUCAAUACUGGUAUUCAUUGAUUGGCCACAACAACUUUUGGAAAACUAUGAUACCCACUACCUUGAGAACUUGCCAGAAGUAACUAAGUAUGGAUCAUCUGUCGCAAAGAAAGCUCGUAUUGAACCUCUCUCUUUGUAUAGUUGCCUAGAAGCUUUUCUUCGGGAAGAGCCUUUGGUUCCUGAAGAUAUGUGGUAUUGUCCUCAGUGCAAGGAAAGACGGCAAGCCAGCAAAAAGCUUGACCUUUGGAGGCUACCAGAAGUUCUUGUUAUUCAUCUUAAGAGAUUCUCGUACAGCAGGUCAAUGAAGCAUAAGCUGGAAACCUUUGUCAAUUUUCCCAUCCAUGAUUUUGAUGUCACCAAGUAUGUAGCAAACAAAAACAACUCUCAACGUCAGCUCUACGAUCUCUAUGCCUUAACUAAUCAUUACGGUGGCAUGGGAAGUGGGCACUACACCGCACAUAUCAAGCUUCUGGACGAAAAUAGGUGGUAUAAUUUUGAUGACAGCCAUAUAUCUCCAAUUAAUGAAGAAGAUGUUAAGUCUUCUGCUGCUUAUGUUUUGUUCUAUCGGAGAGUUAAAGCUGAUGCUGAUUCUGCAAACAAUGGAAUUUCCUCGGGUGGUCAGCAGAUAGUCUCUUGUCGCAAGUAACCUGCCAGUUUCUGUACAUUCAUGUAAAAACUGGUAUUAACCUGUUAGUAUUGCUGUAUUAGUAUGAUUUACUUUAGUGAAAUACAUAUAUAGGGCAUCGCACAAAAUUGACUAUAAUAAAUUAGUAAUGUUUAAGGAGUUUCACCGUUGACAGUGAUGCUUUGGCAUCAAAAUGGUUUUCUUACCUGUAUCAAAUGUUAGUUCACUUCUUCAC